UAGGGAGCACAGCAUUCUCUGGAGGCGGGUCUCCUCCCGGGAUCCAAGAUCCGCUCGCGCCCCGCUCAGCCUCCGGCCUUCAGGCGGUAGAGGGCGGCCUACGCCUGUGUGCGAGCCGGCGCCGGCGUGCGCAGCCGCUGCCCUGCUGGAACUGUGCCGUCCCGCUGUGGCCCGCGGCUCUGCUAGGCGGUGGAUGCUGCUGCUACGCUCUCCACCGGCGCAGCGAGGAAGGGGGCGGGGAGAAGCCCUGGCACAUGCCAGGGUCGCCGUAGGUGGCAGCGGCCGGCGCAUGCGCGCCCUCUCCCAGAAGCCGGGAACGCCGAGGGGCGCGCGCCCCCAUUCGCGCGCGCACGCCGGCGCUGGCCGAGGCUUCCCCGCCUGCGCUCGUUGUCAGAGCCGCUCCAGCGCGUGCGCGCGUUAUCUCCGGCCGACCCGAGGAGCCGGUUCCCUCCGCGCCAGGCCCCCUCCUCAUCCCGCCCCCGCCGCCUGGCCCCAGCCGACCCGUCCCUUCCUCUCCCCGCGGAAUGGGGCCGGCACUGCUCAGGGUCGCGCGCCCUGGACCCGGCUCGCUCUCGGUCUCGCGCUGUCAGCGACUGCCCGGCUCGCGCCGCCUCGCGCUCUGCCUCAGUCAGUGGCGCCGAAGGCUCCGUUAAGCGGCGGCGGCGGUUCCUGUUUCCGUUUCUUCCUCUCCGUUCGGUCGGGAGUAGCAUCCUCCACUCAGCCACCCUUCCCACUCCCCCAGCGUGGGGCAGCUGCGGCUGAGGGCUGUGGCUUUGGCAGCUGCGACGGGGAGCGGCGGAGACCGCCUCUGCUCCCGCCUGGGGUUGCUGCUUUUGCUCAGAGGACAUCCAUGACCCUAAUGGUCUUUUUGUUCAAGAUAAAGUGAUUUAUUGCCUUUGUUGAUUAACUGGACAAAUUCAGGUUAGUGUAUUUUGUGGACAACACUUCCCUGUUCUAAUUAUAUGUUAAUAUUUUGAGAAAUAGAUAAUUUUGUGGUUAAAGCUACAUGUUAUGUACCAGUAAAGCAGAAAGGCCAAGUCAGUCUAAACUCUGUUGAAGUGUGUAUUAGUUAAGAAACAUUUUCUUACUGCCUACUAUAUACAAUAUUCACUGCAUAAAUUGAAAAUAUUUUACUUCGUUUUAAAUAGUUUUGUACUUUAAAUUAUGGGGCUGGAUAAAACAAGUUGUGGUUGAAUGCGGUACACUGAACUUUUGGCAUCGUUGUGUGGCAUAUUUGGUGCUAAAAAUAAGCAACUCAUCUUAAACAUUUCUGACAUUUUUAGUAGCUGGCUUUUAAAGGCAUUCUUGUCCAGAUUUCAGUCCUACAUUAACAUUUUUAUUUAUUUUUAGUGUUCAUUCUAUUAAUUUUGACAAAUAUAUAUCACCACAGUUAAAACAUUCUCUAAACCUUCCAAAUUUGCUCGUGUUGCCUAUUUGUAGUUAACCUCUCCUUAUACCUCAAUCCCUAGCAAUCACUGAUCUGCUUUCUAUCCCUGUAAUUUGCCUUUUCCAAUGUUAUUUAAUUGGAAUCAUCUAAGAUGUAGUUUUUAAAUCCUGGCUUUCACUUAGAAUAAUAUAUUUGAGGUUUAUUCAUGUUGCUGUGUGCAUCAGUAGUUGUGUAUCAGUAGUUUGUUCUUUUUUAUUGCUGAGUAGUGUUCCACUUUAUGGAUAUACCAUAAUUAGUUUAUUCAUAUACCUGUUUAUGGAUAUUUAGGCUGUUUUUAGUUUUUGAUGAUCAUAAAACUGCUGCAAUCAUACAUGAAAAAAAAAAUGUGACUCUAUGUUCUUUAAAAAAUUUGGUGGGGCAUGGUGGCUCAAACCUGUAAUCCCAGCACUUUGGGAGGCUGAGGCGGGCGGAUCAUGAGGUCAAGAGAUCGAGACCAUCCUGGCCAACAUGAUGAAACCUCAUCUCUACUAAAAAUACAAAAAUUAGUUGGGUGUGGUGGUUCACGUCUGUAGUCCCAGCUACUUGGGAGGCCGAGGCAGGAGAAUCCCUUGAACCCGGGAGGCAGAGGUUGCAGUGAGCCGAGAUCACGCCAUUGCACUCUAGGCUGGUGACAGAGCGAGACUCUGUCUCAAAAAAAAAAAAAAUAAUUUUUUUUUGCAUUGAUGCAUGUUAGGUGUACAUACUUAUUUUCAGGGUACAUGUGAUAAUUUGAUACCUUUAUGUAAUAAAAUCAGGGUAAUUGGAAUAUCCAUUAACUUAAAUAUUCAUUUUUUCUUUAUAUUAAGAAAAUUUGAAUUAUUCUCUUCCCUAGCUAUUUUGAAAUGUACAGUCAACUAAGUAAGGUUAACUAUAAUCACCCUAUUGAUCUAUUGAACACCAGGUCUUAUUUCUUCUAAGUGUAUGUUUGUACCCAUUAAUCAACCUUUCUUCAUCCCCUGACCCCAUAUAUUUUUUACUAAUAGAAAUUACUUUUUGUUGUUGCUACUGUUAAAGUGCUGUGAUGAUUUAACUAUUGCCUUUUAGGCCAUGGUUGCAUUUCUUUUUUAAAAUGUUAUUAAAACAUAAUGAGAACACAAUUUAACAGACAUUGUGGCUAGGGGAAGAAACUUGCAAUUUAUGGUCAUUUUGAGUAUAGAAAGAGAAAUGAUGUAAAAUUAUUAGAAAGGGGAUCUAUUGGAACUUGUGGUGUUCCCUGAUUUUGGAGAUACUAGGUAGCCUUCUUGAAUAUAGUGGUAGUAUAGCAAGACGAGCUGCAGACAAAACCUCUCAGACACCGAGUUGUAGAAGGAAGGGCUUUAUUCAGCUGGGGGUAUUGGCAAGCUACUGCCUUAAAAUCUCAACUCCCUGAGUGCACAAUUUCUGUCCCUUUUAAGGGCUCACAACACUAAAGAUUUCACAUGAAAGGGUUGUGAUUGAUUUGAGCAAGCAGGGGGUACGUGAUAGGGGCUGCAUGCACUGGUGGUCAUAGUGAAACAGAACAGAGCAGGGAGUUUCACAAUACAGUGCCUGAAAUCUAUGGGUAACAUCGGGUUCUAAGUCAUGAGUUGAUUUUUAACUACUAGGUUUAGGCCAGGCAGGCCCAGGCCUGGUUUUGGGCCUGGCGCCGGGCUGCCUGUCUUUGAUUUCACUUCCUUGUUUUUUUUCUUAAAACAGGUACUGAGUGUAAAACAAUAUAAAACAAUAUGAGAGGGUCUCUCUCUUCCCUUAGUAGACCAGAAAUAUACAGGUAGAUUAAUAACGUCAAGCCUCAUAUAGGUAGCUUCAAAAGUCAUCUAGAAAAGUCAAGUAAAUUAGAAUUCUAUAUUAAAAACAUACUUAAAGAGGGUAAAAGUUGGGCAUGGAAAAGUCAAUUUAAACUUUCUUGAAUGAAUAUGUAGGAUGAAAGUGAUAGAAACUCUUUCUGCCUUGGGGAAAUUAAUGACCUCAAAAAGUAGCUUGAAACCCUAUAUGAAUAUUUAUAAGGAAACUGUAGUUCAUUAUUUGUUAUAGAAAUAAAAAGGUCUUGAGAAAGUAUUAUGCUCUGACUCAGAAAAUGUAGGAUGGUUUAGACUCUAGCUUCUAAGCCUGGACAUUAAAAGACUUACCGCAACUUUAAAUUGUUUUCUUGUUUCUGAACAUUUUUAGAUGAAUUAUGUAAUUUUCAUAGUAUCUCUGUAGAUAAGUGGCCUGCUGUAUUGUGUUCUCAGAAAACAUUUCUUUAAAACCUUUUUUUCCUUUCAUUUCUUUUCUUUCUUUUUUUUUUUUUGAGACAAGAAUCUCUGCCACUCAGGCUGGAGUGCGGUGGCUCAAUUUCCGCUCACUGCAACCUUCACUUCCUGGGUUCAAACAGUUCUCAUGCCUCAGACUCCCAAAUAGCUGGGAUUACGGAUGUGUGUCACCAUGCCCAGCUAAUUUUUGUAUUUUUAGAAGGGAUGGGGUUUCACCAUGUUGGCUAGGCUGGUCUCAAACUUCUUGGCUCAAGCGGUCUGCCCACCUCAGCCUCCUGAAGUGCUGGGAUUAUAGAUGUGAGGCACUGUGCCCGGUCAGAGAACAUUUCUUAAAUAGACAAAACAUUUUAGGCAGAGUCAGAGCAUUUUAGAGCUAUUUCUGAAAGAGAAUAGUUAUCUGUUCAACGGGCAAAUACAACACAAAGAUAAUGCUAUGCUCAGAAGUCAUGAUUUCUUCAGGAUUUUAGGGUAUUUAGAUUUUAAACCACAAUUCUAAGGUCAAUAUUUAUGUAAAGUAUUUAUGAAAAUAAAAGCCAUAUUUAAAUUUAAAUUUAAUAUACUUUAAUUCACAUAAAAUAUUUUGAGGUUGUUACAA